AUGGCAGCGGCCAUAGCUUUACGUGCCGCAGUGCACAACCUAUGCUCGACCCCCGCGAAGGAGUUGCCAUUGACGGCGGAAUAUAUUGCUACUACUAUUAGUGAAUGCAGUGUGAUUCUAUCUGCGCCUACAAACCGGAGUCAACCCCCCGGGGAGCCGGACAGAGCACUGCUCAUCCAGAAAUUGAAGGCCCGCAUCACAAGCUUGCUGCAGGAUAGGACGGUUGAAGGACGUUGGACCGGCGUGGUUCUUGUGAAAUCGAUGGUGGAGUCUGGUAAAUGGGAGAUUCUGCGUGGAUGCGAGACCUGGGCUCGCUCUAUUCUUGCUAUAUUAGGGAAACCUGACCCAUUAUCGCUGAAAAGGCUUAGUAUCUUAUGUCUCACACGGAUAUUUCAACUUACGCACCCUUAUCCAACGUUGACUCGGGAGAUAACAACGCCUACUCUACCGCAAUUCAUAACGGCUUGCCUAAAUAUUAUAUCCACCAAGGUUGCAGCAGAUGCGCGAAGGAACUUGAAAUAUGGAAACCCUUUAAUUGACGCAGUAUUCUGCUCUUUGUUAACACUCCUUCCGAACCACCCAACAAUUUUCCGGCCUUUCUCAGCGCAGAUUCAUAGCCUUGUUCUACCGCUAAUUGCUUCCUCGUGUUCUCGAAACGUUGUACCCGAAUCAACUGGAUGGGCCGCCCAGCAACUCUUCAUAUCACUGCAUCAGUGUGCACCCAAGAAUACAGCAAAUGAGGAAUGGAUCAAGGCUAUUCGAACCACAAUCCUAGCUACCCAUCGAACGGCGGACCACCUGUUUAGGGCAAUUGUAGAACAUUGGGAAUCUGUUGAUUCUACACUACGUCAGGGAACAGGCCAUAAGCCUUCCGAUACACUCGUUGGUGACGACGGACCUGACCCUCUCGGCCUCCCUAGGUGGGCUGGCAUACAGCAAGGAAGUGGGCAAUUAAUAGGCCUAUUAGAGCUUUUGUCCAGUUUCCUCAAGUCAAGAUCGCAUGCAACCGUCUCUAUACCCAUUGGCUCAAUUCUUGAUUUAAUAUCUCGGCUAGCAUCCAUUAUUGUGCCAGCUUCAACCUCUGGGGACGAUGCUACUUCUACUAACCCUGAGAUAGGCAGAGACGAAAAAGAGGCAUUAUGGAGUGUAAUACCUUCCAUACAUGCUGCCACUCUGGAUUUACAACAAACUAUUCUUGAACUCUUUGGCUCGGAGAGCUCAGCAAUUGCCCGAAAUUGCUUAGAGCAGACUAUGUGGGUGUUUUCAUCUUCGAGUUUUAACCGAUCUGUUCGAAAAGCAGCAUACGGGUGUGUUUCUGCGUCUCUCGCUAUUCUGGGACCAACUUUGACCAAACCUGGAGUUUCAUCAUUAGCCCCAGUUAUUUCCACUUCAUGUAACGACCUAAGGCCACUGAAAGAUUCUGCCGUCACAGAAAAAAUCGUCUCGGGGGGCAACGGAAAAUCAGGUGCUGCCGUAACUUCCAAUGCAGAUGCAUUCUUAGAGAGCAAGUCGAAAACAAACCCGGGGGCUCAUGCUAACGUUGAGCCUGACACCCUGACAAAGGAAUCUACCAAGUUGUUACUUGACGUUCUCACAUACAUUCCCACAGAGCUUAUUCCGUUAUCACUUCGUGCGAAGAUUGAUCGCACGUCGAUAGUCACAGCCAACAGUGAUCUAAUGAUGGCCAGUGUUCUUAAUCCGAUAUCUUCCUCGGAAUCUCAACGUGGCCAUCCCAGUGUCCUUCCUUUCCUUGCAAGAAACCAGCCUAGUAAUUCAAAAAUUGAAGGCUUACUUCGACCCCGUAUGCCAGUGAUAAUCACAGGGGCAGGCAGAAGGGGAAAUCUUGAACUUGAGCAUGAUGAAAUGGAAGAUGAGGCAGAGGCAUACAAUAGUGAGAUGAAGAGCAUGCCAAAAGUUGACCCGCGUGAGUCUCUAGCAGAAAAGCUUGGGGCCCGCCAUGCGUCUGUUCCUGCUGAAACAGCUACACCGCCAAAGGACAUGGCAAUCGGGAACAAACGAAGGCACCCGGAAGAUAUUGAUAAUACCCUUCGUAUUACUUCCUCUCAACCAGACAAACGACCUCGGGUGCAGGAUGACCUGCCGAUAGCCUCAGAUGCCUUGCCAAGCCAGCAGGCUGCAGAAGUUGACGUUCCAUCAAGGCCACUGGCUAGUUUAAGUGAUCAAGAUAUCUUGAAAGUGAACGAAUUCCCGGAACCAGAGACAAAACAUCCUAUUCCGAACAAAAUCUCAGAGCCUAACCUACCACCAAGGGCAGUCCAGAACCAUGAAGAAACUCAUAUGGCAGAUACAGAGAGUGAUGAUGAGAUCCCUCAGUUAAAUAUAGAGUCUGAUACUGACGAAGAUGAUGAAUAG